AUGGAUUCCUGUAUGGGAGUUGAACAAGAUUUGGACAAAGCUACAUCUAAAUUUACUGCACUUAAUGAUUAUGCAAACAAAAUAUUGGAGGACUUAAUAAAUCAAGUUGAAGAAUUGAGAAAUGAAAUCUUGAAGCAAUCUCCUAAUACACCAUUAUCACAAAGUCAAACGAAAAUUGUAAAUGAUUUGGCAGCUUCAGUUAAACAAACAGUGUUCCAAUUAUCUACAGAUCACCGUGAACUGCAUGCCACAGUCUCGAGAGUGGGUAAAUCUAUUGACAGGCAUUUUAUAGUUGACUAUGCAGCUGUUGCACCAAAAGCAGAGUCAUUUUGCUCUGAUACCAAUAGACCCAUAAUGGAACAAGCAAUUGCUCAGCAUUUGUAUAGACAAGGUCUAGAAGAAGUAGGCGACUCACUAGUAGCAGAAGCGGGUGUGACAGCAGAGCGUGGCAGUACGUUCGCCCAACUGCAGCGAUGCGCAGCAUCGCUGUCCGCCGGAGACCCUGCCCCUGCGUUAGCUUGGGCCGCAGCAAGAGAACACGAGCUGGUGCAUUCGCCGCUGCCUUUCACGUUGCAUAGGAUGCAAGCUCUGAAGCUGGCGCGGUCGCACGGCGUGACGGCGGCCAUAGAGUACGCGCGCGCGCAGUUCCCGGCGCACGCGGCGCGGCACGAGCGCGCGCUGCAGGCGGCCGUGUGCGCGCUGGCGUGGUGCACGCGCGACGCGCCCGCGCCGCCGCCGCACUACGCUCACCUGCUCGACUUGAAGGCGCUAGGCGCGGAGGCGGGCGAGCUGUUCGUGCGCGAGGCGUGCGCGCUGCUGCGCCUGGCGCCGCACUCGCCGCUGGCGGGCGCAGUGCUGGCGGGCGCGCGCGUGCUGCCCGCGCUGCUCGACGUGCGCGCCAAGAUGUCGCACCCGCACGUGCUCGCCGCCUGGGCCGACGACGAGCUGCCUCUAGAGGUGGAGCUGGGCGAGGAGGGCGGCGGCUACCACUCGGUGUUCGCGUGCCCCAUCCUGCGCCAGCAGGCCUCCGAGCACAACCCGCCCAUGCGCCUGCUCUGCGGACACGUCAUAUCGCGAGACGCUCUCAACAAGCUCGCCUUGGGGCUCAAGUUGAAAUGCCCCUACUGUCCUAUGGAGCAGUCACCGUCUGAAGCACGCCAAAUAUACUUCUCU